GCAAUACUAAAACAUGCCAAUGAAGCAGGAAACUGAGAGGAAAAUGCCCAGCAAGAAGAGGAACACCAUUUAUUAUUAUAUAUAUUCUUAUUAAAAUUUGAUUUUUCGUUGUGUGUACCUCGAAACUGAUGAGUUUUAAUUAAACUAUGCCAUGGUAAUGAAACCGCGUUUUUGGUGUUUCACACUUUGUUCUUGACAGAGUCACCCCAAAACAAACCUAAAUCGCCUUCUCUCUCUCUCGUUCUUUUGGCCUUGAAAGUUGAAAGCUCCAAUCUUUUGCAUUUUUCAUUUCCCUUAAUAUUUGAUUCUUUGUGGAGAUUUUGCAUUUAUUCACUUUCCUUAAAGUUUGUUUCCUUGUUUGCGUUUUGUGGCAAUUUCUGAUUGGUUGAGAGUGAAUUCUGAAUUCUCACACCACCUACCCUUUAUUCUCAUAUUUUGUAACCUCUGAUCAUUGUAAAGUUUUGCUCUUUCUGGGUUUUGAAUUUUGCCACUUCCACCCUGAAAUUCUACAAGGUGUUUUUGAUGUUGGUAUCAUCAUAAGUCAUAGACUAUGGUUUUGAGGGUUUCUCUCAUUCUAGUUCUCCUUGUGUUACACUGUUCCUGCACUGUGCAAUCCAUUUUUGGGCAUCACAAUCACAAUGAUCUCAACAAGAAUGGAUCUUCUCUUGCUGCAGUCAAGUUUCCUGAUCAUGAACACUUCAAUGCUGUUUCUUCUUCCACAGAAACUGGGUGUAGCUUCUCCAAGUCAGAGAAAUUUGAGCCUUCAGUAGCAACCAUGACAUCAAAUGGUGACACGGAUGGUGAAGAGGGAGAGGCUUUUGUGGCAGCAAAACAGCACAAGCAAUCUGUGAAACUCAAUUUGAGACACCACUCAGUGAGCAAAGAUUCUGAGCCUAAAAGGUCUGUGGCAGAUUCUACAGUGAGAGACUUGAAGAGAAUUCAGACCCUUCACAGAAGGGUCAUAGAGAAGAAGAACCAAAACACAAUUUCAAGGCUGGAGAAAGCACCGGAGCAAUCAAAGAAGUCCUAUAAGCUGGCGGCAGCGGCGGCUGCUCCGGCUGCCCCGCCGGAGUAUUUCUCCGGUCAGCUUGUGGCAACCUUGGAGUCAGGGGUCAGUCUUGGCUCUGGUGAGUACUUCAUGGAUGUGUUUGUUGGCACACCCCCUAAGCAUUUUUCUCUAAUACUUGAUACUGGUAGUGACCUUAAUUGGAUUCAAUGUGUUCCUUGUUAUGCUUGUUUUGAGCAAAAUGGACCAUAUUAUGAUCCUAAGGAUUCUAGUUCUUUUAAGAACAUAACUUGCCAUGAUCCAAGGUGCCAAUUGGUGUCAUCCCCAGACCCUCCUCAGCCUUGCAAAGGUGAGACUCAAAGCUGUCCAUAUUUCUAUUGGUAUGGAGAUAGUUCCAACACAACUGGGGAUUUUGCACUUGAAACUUUCACAGUGAAUCUCACCACACCUGAGGGAAAGCCUGAGCUCAAGAUUGUUGAGAAUGUUAUGUUUGGUUGUGGUCAUUGGAAUAGAGGACUUUUUCAUGGUGCUGCUGGAUUGCUAGGGUUGGGGAGAGGGCCAUUGUCAUUUGCUACUCAGCUGCAAUCUCUCUAUGGUCAUUCCUUUUCCUAUUGCCUUGUGGAUAGGAACAGCAAUUCUAGUGUUAGUAGCAAGUUGAUAUUUGGUGAGGACAAGGAGCUUCUCAGCCACCCCAAUUUGAAUUUCACUUCUUUUGUUGGUGGCAAAGAGAACCCUGUUGAUACAUUUUACUAUGUCCUGAUAAAGUCCAUCAUGGUUGGUGGUGAGGUGCUGAAGAUUCCAGAGGAGACUUGGCAUUUGUCAGCACAAGGUGGAGGGGGAACAAUCAUUGAUUCUGGCACCACUCUGACUUACUUUGCUGAACCUGCUUAUGAGAUUAUCAAGGAGGCAUUCAUGAGGAAAAUCAAAGGUUUUCCACUUGUUGAAACCUUUCCCCCUCUAAAGCCAUGCUACAAUGUGUCUGGAGUUGAAAAAAUGGAGUUACCUGAAUUUGCAAUCUUGUUUGCUGAUGGAGCUAUGUGGGAUUUCCCUGUGGAGAAUUACUUCAUCCAGAUUGAACCUGAAGAUGUUGUUUGCUUGGCUAUUUUGGGGACUCCUAGGUCUGCACUUUCAAUAAUUGGAAACUAUCAGCAGCAGAAUUUCCACAUCUUGUAUGAUUUGAAGAAAUCAAGACUUGGAUAUGCACCAAUGAAGUGUGCUGAUGUUUAACAUCUUGUUAGGGGGUGAAAGUUGUGUAUAGGAAAACAACUAUAAACAUGGCAAUUCUUGAGGUUGAUUUUUUCUUCUUUUUUUUUGGGGGGGGGGGGGGUUCCCAAUUGGUGGUAAGUGAUAUACACAGAAGAAAGAAAAGGAAAUCAUAUUUAGUUUCUUCAGGUGGUAUAGAACUAGGCCUAGGUAAAUUAUAGGAACAAGGUCAUUUACAAAUACAAACAUUUCAUUGUUUUGUACACAUUUAUUAACUGCUUCAAUUUUGAGUUCAUUGUCACUGUCAAUUCAA